AUGACACCCUCCUCUGAUAAUUCGUCAAGCGCUUCCACAGGUCAAAAGAAAUUCGUCGAGUUGAAGGUCUACGUUCCCUGCGUUGAAGUUAAUGGUCGCCGUUUGAUCAGUUACAAUGGAGAGAUCUUCGGUCGUGCUCAGCAUGCCAUCGGCUAUCCACUCGACGUUCAGCAGGAAGAUGAACAGUUGUAUCAGGAUGACUUUUCUGGCUUCCCCAAAUCCUAUCGCCUGAAUGGUAACAACGACACCGUUCCUCAAGAUGACAUUCAGUCUGAACAAACCUCAGCAGCCACUCUUCCAGAUGGUAACAACGACACAAAAAUUUUCAGCAGACGCUAUCAGCACACCGCCGAGUUCAUGCCUUCUUUCAAGCCCACUACACCCAAGAAGAGACCCAUCGAUCCAUACUCCGUACAACAGCUAUCACAACAGUCACCCACCACAACCGAGCCCAUGAGGCCUAAGAAAAGACGUAUCAGCUCUCCAGACACCGAACAGAAGAAAGCAAACCACCCAUCUCGCCCGAGAGACUUCGAGUUCUGA